UCGAUAAACAAGGAAAUCGAUAAAAAUGCAUCCCACGUACCGGCUGAGUGCGUUCUGCCUGACCGUGAUCCUGUGCAGCCUGGCGGCCCAAGGCACGGUGGGCUCGCUGCAGACAAAUACCAACCCGGCGGUGAAGGAAUUUGGUGUGGCGGACGCUAAGCUCGUGCUGUGCUUCGACAAGACGGUCUACGCGCUUAGCCGGAGCCCAACAUCGUUGGCUCACAUUACGGACAAAAACAUCAACUACGUCAAGGUGGAAACGCUCAAACCAGGAUACUAUGGUGGCGUGAAUGCUGAAAUUACCGGCGGUGCCAUCAAAAAGCCGAACAUCGUCAUUACACUCACCGAGGGUGGUAGAAGGAACAUUUUCAAAAGUAACGUAAGGGUGCAAAUGUACUGCGAAGCUUAAAUUGCCAUAAUUUAUUAAAAAUUGAGUAUCUACA